GUUACUUAAGUGAGAUUUUCUCCAUCUUCUGUCCAAAACAAAUAAUGGCAACAUUUAGAUUUCUUUCAUUUCUCAUUGUUCAACUUUUUUUGGUCUUGGAAGUUGCCAAUUCACAAGGGGUGGAAGUAGGGUUCUACAAGAAAACAUGUCCAAAUGUAGAGACAAUUGUGAAAGAAACAACAGCUCACUACAUUUCUCGUGCUCCUACUCUUGCUGCUCCAUUGUUGAGAAUGCAUUUUCAUGAUUGUUUUGUUAGGGGAUGUGAUGGUUCAGUGCUACUAAACUCAACUAAUGGAAAUCAAGCUGAAAAAGAUGCAAUUCCAAACCAAAGCCUGAGAGGGUUCCAAGUGAUUGAUGCUGCUAAAUCUGCUUUAGAGAAAGAGUGUCCUGGCACUGUCUCUUGCUCUGAUAUUUUAGCCUUAGCUGCCCGUGAUGCUGUUUCACUGAUCAAUGGACCAAGUUGGCCAGUUCCCUUGGGAAGAAGAGAUGGAAGAGUCUCAAUCCUCUCAGAGGCCUCAAAAAACCUGCCAACUCCUUUUGAUAACUUCACUACUCUUAAAACAACAUUUGGUGCACUGGGCCUAAAUGUAAAAGACCUUGUUGUUCUAUCAGGAGGACACACAAUUGGGAUGUCACAUUGCUUUUCCUUCUCGAGCCGUUUGUACAAUUUCACUGGCAAAGGUGACAUCGACCCAAACAUGGACCAAAACUACAUUAAUCGUUUGAAGAUCAAAUGUAAGCCCAAUGAUGUGACCACAAUUGUUGAAAUGGACCCUGGAAGUUUCAAGAGUUUUGACACUGAUUAUUACACUAUGGUUGCCAAAAGAAGAGGGUUGUUUGCAUCUGAUGCAGCUCUUCUUACAAAUAGUCAAACGAAAAAUUAUGUGUUGUCCCAAUCAAAACCACAUGGAUCAACUUUCUUCAAGGACUUUGGCGAAUCAAUGGUGAAAAUGGGGAAAAUUGGAAUCCUUACUGGGAAAGCUGGUGAAAUUCGAAAACAUUGUGCCUUCAUAAACUAAGAGAAACUUUGAUAAGCUAUUUUUUCUUGAAAGAUUUUUGUCAUUUUUGGAUUGUUAUGUUGAAGGGGAUCGGAUCUCUGUGGGGAAUAAUUUGCUUUUCUUUUCUUAUUUAUUAGUUCGUGAACCAUGUGACUUAUAUGGUGGCAAACCUUUAUUGUAUAUCAUGUAAUUAAAUUUGUAAUUCAGUUCGUAUCGAGCUAAUAAAAAUGUGAUUUUGCUUA